AUGUUGGGAGGCCCUCCUUCCUCCCGCCCUAACCCCGAAGGGCCGGCCUCGUCUGCACGGUCGCCCCAUAAAAAAUCGUCCCAGUCUUUCGCUCCCGGAGCCGCCAUGGAGGCGGUGACGCUGCACACUGAUGUGGGAGACAUUAAAAUAGAGCUGUUCUGUGAGCGAACCCCCAGGGCGUGCGAAAAUUUCCUGGCUCUCUGUGCUAGUAAUUACUACAGCAGCUGCAUAUUCCACAGGAAUAUCAAAGGCUUUAUGGUACAGACAGGCGAUCCAGCAGGCUCUGGGAAAGGAGGAAACAGCAUCUGGGGCAGGAAAUUUGAAGAUGAAUUCAGUGAAUAUUUAAAGCACAGCGUCCGCGGAGUCGUUUCUAUGGCGAAUAACGGCCCGAACACAAACGGAUCCCAGUUCUUCAUCACCUAUGGCAAGCAGCCACACCUGGACAUGAAAUACACUGUUUUUGGGAAAGUAAUCGAUGGUCUGGAUACACUGGAUGAGCUGGAAAAACUGCCGGUGAAUGAAAAGACUUUCCGCCCUCUUAGUGACGUUCACAUCAAAGAUGUCACAAUCCAUGCCAACCCUUUUGCUCUGUGA